AUGGUUGAACGUCGUAGGAGCUCUCUGGUGGCUGUCCUAGCCGGUCAGGGACAUAGUACUGAAACAGAACUCCCCGAGAUCAACUGCAGAUAUGUCACUCGUAGUCAGGAUGACUGGGACGUGGAAGAGUUUGUCUCGAAAACAUGCAUGGGGACAUUCCUCCAUCAUCCGGCCUUCAGGCUGCUACUGGCCAGCUUCAUCAUCCUCAAUGCCAUCACUAUUGCUGUGCGAACAGAGCCAACGUUAGAAGAGAGAUACUUUGGGUUCUUCUCAGCCAUAGAUAUGAUUGUCAUGUCUCUCCUUGUCUGUGAAGUUCUCCUCAACUGGUACUAUGGCUUCUCCUUGUACUGGAAGGAUGGCUGGAACAUCAUAAAUUUUUUAAUUAUGCUACUUCUGCUCUUUGGCAUGAUCUUUACCAUACUGAAUGACAGAACAAUUGUCCACAUGCUCAGAGUCAUGAGACUGAUGCAUGUUUGCACCAUGGUGUCUGGUCUGGCACGGAUGAUCCAGGUGAUCCUGCAGUCCAUUCCUGACAUGGCUAACAUCAUGAUCCUGCUUUUUGUCAUCAUGCUGGUCUUCUCUGUGUUUGGCGUUACCCUCUUUGGAAGUCUGGUCCCAGCACAUUUUGGGAAUAUGGGGACUGCUUUGUACUCCCUGUUCAUCUGCAUAACGCAGGAUGGGUGGAUUAACAUAUAUGAUGACUUUGAAAAAGAAGGUCUUGCCUUGGAGAUAGGCGGGGCUCUCUAUUUCUUCAUCUUCAUCACGUUUGGGGCCUUCAUCUUUGCAAAUCUGCUUGUGGCCGUCGUGACGACGAACCUAGAACGGUCUGUAAGUGAAUACAAAGAGAAGAGGCAAUCAGAAGCUAAUAUCCCUCUUGUGCUGACCGACCCUGCAAUGGAUGAAGGCAGUGAUGAUGAUCUUGAACCAGAUGAGCAAGCACCUCUGCAUGUAAGAGAGGUCAUGCAUGCUACACCCAUGGUGCACCACCAGAAUUUGCUUAGCCUUGGAAACUUGGGCAACCUGACUGAAGGCACCUGCGAAGAACUCUGCGUUGUCCUGGAAGCAAUCCACGAGAACCUGAAGGCAUACCGGGUGAUCCGGGAUGAGAUUGACCAAAUAGUCGAUGAAGUGAGGUCCAUCAAAUUCAAUGUAGAUCAGGAGCAAGAGGUUGUUCUGCGAAACAUCCGUGGAUCUACCCUCUCGGAGACUAUGCUUAAUACGGAUCCCAUGCAAGCAAGGAGUCGCGAUGUUCUCAGUACAAUGAUAAGCCUGGAGAAGCUGGGCCCAGACGUGGACUUCCAAAAGGGAGGUGUGAAAUCAGCCGCCAUGAGAGUACGGCGGCAGUCUGUGGUUCCGCCACCAAGGUCUGAGGACAGCACCCGCAAGCCGCCACCAGACUCUGAGGAAAGCAGCAGCAAGCCGCAGGAUAGCUUGAGUCCACCGGGCGGUCCAGCGCGCCUCUCUUCCCCGGUCACCUUGCGGGUUUCGAGGGGGUCGCGGGGGAAGCGGGUAGACGGAAGGCCUGCCCCCCAAAUUCGCAACAGGCGGCCCUGGCAGCGGCCCGGAACCUGGCAGCGGCCCAGCCGGGAGCCCCAAGGAGCCGAGGGGGCCAGCAUUGCAAGUCGGCGGCAGCUCCAUGAAAGGCGCCGGGGCCGCGAAAGGAUCCAGGGCCCGGACUGGCUGCUUGAGCCCUGCCAGGAUGCUUCUGGCGAGCCCCUCCGCCAGCCCUGGGAUCUAGACACUGGGGGCCGGAGCGGGGGGCAGCCGGGGAGAGAAAUCUUCCGGGUGGUGUUUUGCAGAAAGAAAGAAAGAGCAGAAAGAAAAGGCACCCGAGCUUUUGUUCCCCCGAUUCUCCGGCUGCGAUUUUUCCUCCCAGCCACAAAAGCUGCUUUCUUUGCUGGGGGAGGGGAUGUGCAAAGCUGA